AUGGGACCUCGCGGCAGAGGUAGAGGCAGAGGUGGUGGUGGUGGUGGUGGCUUCCGAGGCGGUAGAGGAGGAGGGCCUGGUCGAGGUCGUGGAGGUGGACGUGGAGGUGGACGUGGCGGGGCCUUCCGAGGCCGUGGUGGUGCUCGAGGCCGUGGAAGAGGCAGGGGCGCUCCUAGAGGUGGUACCGGCCCGCGGUUCGAAACGAGCCGUGUUGGCGAAGAGGCGAAUCUUCUGGUGAGGAGGAGGAGGAAGACUAUGGGUCUGAUGAAGGAGAAGGAGAAGAUCUUGAGGGAUCCGAUUCUGAGGACGACGAGGAGCAGACACAGAAAGCAGCGAGGCCGUACAUGGCUCUUUUGCAGGGUUUCACAGACGAUUCCCGGGCGCAACGCCAAACGGCGCAAGCUCGACAGCGGCGCUGCGGCGGAAGAACCAGAGCGCGAGAGUGCGCCACUCGACGAUGAAAGUGAGGACGACGAUGCCGAAGAAAAGGAGCCCGAAGACCUGGAUCUCGUCGAGGAAGCCGAGGAGGACCCGGCUGUUGCUCAUGCCGAAGCGGAAGACGACAUUGACGUCGACGACAACGACGAAGACGAGGAGGAUGCCACCGACCCCUUUGACAAUCACUUCACCAGCCCCGACGAGACUCUCACGGCGCAAAGGGUUCGUGCCGUCCAAGGAAACGAGUGGGCAACUUCCCGCCACGUGACGAAGCUUUCUCGUGCAGUCCUCAUGUCUCCCAAAGUGGACGGAGCUGAGGAAGCCAAGCUCCCAUCGCCAAUCACGGGGCCCGACGGCCUGAAGCUGAAGAUGAAGCUGAAGGAAGUGGUGUCCCGAAAGUUGCCGUCUUUCGAUCCUGUGCAGCAAUCAUUGGCGCCCAUGCUUUUCAACUACCAAGAUAUCUUGUUUGGAGACCGCAACGUCAGGAAUUCUGACAGCCUCCGACAAAUUACCUGCCUGCACGCCAUCAACCAUGUUCUCAAGACGCGAGACCGAGUGAUCAAGAACACAUACAAGCUCUCCAAGGAGGACAGCCCCGACCUGGAGUGCAGGGACCAGGGCUUCGUCCGGCCCAAAGUAUUGUUCUUGCUGCCCACGAGGCAGUCAUGUGCCAAGAUGGUCAGCACGAUCGAGGACCUCCUCGAGCCCGGGCAAAAGGAGAAUCGCAAGCGGUUCGAAGAUGCGUACGUCGACACGUCAGAAAAGUUCCGCGACAACAAGCCGGCGGACUUUUUGGAGCUGUUUGACGGCAACGACGACGACAUGUUCCGGUUGGGCGUCAAGUUCACACGCAAGACGAUCAAGUACUUUGCGCAAUUCUACAACUCAGACAUACUCAUGGCGAGCCCGCUCGGUCUCCGCAUGGCCAUUGGCUCGGUCGAGGACAAGAAGGCGACAGACUACGACUUUCUCAGCUCGAUCGAGAUGGUCAUUGUGGACCAGGCGGACGGGCUGCUGAACCAGAACUGGGAGCACGUCGAGACGCGCACGGGGUGCGACUUUAGCCGCGUGCCGGUCGUGGUACCUCGAAGGACUGGGCCAGGCACUUUCGGCAGACGAUUGUGCUCCGCGCCGUUCCCUGACGCCCGAGCUGACGGAGCUUCCAGCGCACGCAGUGCCACAACUGGGCGGGCAAGGUGCGCUUCCAGCCGGCGGUGCGCGGGCCCUGCUGCAGCAGCUUGCCGGUGCACGCGCGGCAAGACGUUUCUCGCGGUUUCGAGGCGGCGUCGGCCGAGCGCGACCCCGGACGCCCCGCUUUCGCCUACUUUCACGUCGGCCAUUUUGCCCCCGCUGCUGCCCCGCGGCAAGGACGUCGCCGGCACGCUCCUUUUCGUGCCGUCGUACCUCGACUUUGUGCGCGUGCGCAACUACUUUGCCACGGCCGACGCGCUCGAGAGCCUGUCGUUUGGCAACAUUUCCGAGUACGCCGACGCGACCGACGCCGCGCGCGCGCGCUCGCACUUUCUCAGCGGGCGCCACAAGGUGCUGCUCUACACGGAGAGGGCGCACCACUUCCGCCGGUACCGGCUGCGCGGCGUCAGGCGCGUCGUCAUGUACGGCCUGCCGGAGAACCCGCUCUUCUACCGCGAGAUUGCCGGUGACUACCUGGCCAAGAGCGAGGAGGAGAUGCGGCUCGAGGCGGGUCAGGGCACGGUGCGCGUCAUGUUCUCGCGGUACGACGUCAUGAAGCUUGAGCGGAUCGUCGGCAGCCAGAGGGUCGGCAAAAUGAUCCAGGAGAGGGGGGACACGUUUGACUUUGUAUGA